GGAACAGCACGGGUCGAAGCGUGGUCGUUUGAAAGCCCUGCGAACUGGAGUCAGUAGGCGUGGGGACGGCCGCAGGGUGUCUCUCCUAGCCUCGUUAAGGUGUCAGGGUCUCCAACAGGCUGUUGUAGGGAGUUUGCUCUUCCUGGCGCUGUCUGUCUUUGGUCUUGGUAGGAACGGCUUGCUGGGUGAUCAGUUGCUGCUGCUCUGGGUUGCCUUUGCUGCGUGCGCAGCUGCCGCUCCUUGCCAGCGUGCCUCGGCUCCGUGGGGAUGCUGAGCUGGGACUAGCGAGACCUUCGCGCCCCCUAACUUGGAAUAGAAAGAGUCUCCGUUUGGCCCAUACCGACUCCAGGGAACGACACAACGUACAGCUGAACUUUGUAGUGCUGCUUAACUUUGCUAAGGAAGCCAAAAUGCAGUAAUUGUUCUUCAGGCUUUUAAGUACCGGUGGGUGAGUGUAAGGACGAGAGUGAAUCCUCUGGAUUUCCUGGAGAGCUUUACACAAGAGCUAGGUGUGUGGUGAGGUGUUUUGCGCUCCCCUGGGGACGUGAGUACUGUGCUGCAGCUAGAGGAACAAGGAAAUCAAAGGUUUUGUUUCUAGGGAACAGCUUGGCGUUUCAGGGAUACGAGCAAACGCAGGCUGGAAUCUGCCUGGAUCGCGGCUUUGAUCUCCAUUCUGCAGCCACUGGUUAGAGAUGAGCGAGCGAGCGCGAGAUGACACUUGAUGCAUGAGGGAAAUGGUGAACCGCAGGAUGCCUGCGGGUAGCAGCGUCUGCCUCGCCUCCGUCCGGGAGGUGGCUCUGCGUGGCCUCCGGCUGUCUCCGCUCCCAGGAGCCGUGCUAGGUGCUCAGCCUCUGCUUUGUGUCUGUCCCAGAUGGUGGAGACCCAGUUUGUGCUGUCCUUCGUGCACCGCUUCCUGGAGUACCGCGGCGCCACCACCUACUUUGCCUUCUGUUACCCCUUCUCCUACACGGAGUGCCAGGAGAUGCUGGCGCAGCUGGACAGCCGCUUUGAAGAGUGCAAAUACAUGUCUCCCAGCAGUCCUCUCGACUCUGUCUAUUACCAUCGAGAGCUGCUGUGCCACUCCUUGGACAAGCUGCGGGUGGACUUGCUCACUGUCACCUCAUGCCAUGGCAUGCUGGAGAAACGAGAACCCAGGCUGGACAAGCUUUUCCCAGACAGCACCACUCCUCGACCUCAUUGCUUUGCAGGAAAGAGGGUGUUUUUCCUGAGCAGUAGAGUCCACCCAGGGGAAACGCCCUCCAGCUUUGUCUUCAACGGCUUCCUGGAUUUCAUCCUGCGAGAGGAGGACCCUCGUGCUCAAAUGCUGCGGCGGAUGUUUGUCUUUAAGCUCAUUCCGAUGCUGAACCCAGAUGGGGUGGUGCGAGGCCACUAUCGAACGGACUCCCGUGGGGUAAACCUGAACCGUCAGUAUCUCAACCCUGAUGCUGAGCUGCACCCUGCAGUAUAUGGGGCCAAAGCUGUGCUCCUUUAUCACCACAUUCACAGCCGUGUUCUGCCAGGCUCUCCUGACUGGAGGACGUAUGUCUCCCCACUGAGCACCAGCUCGCUAAGCACAAAAUCUUCCAAUCAUUCCAUUCGCAGCAGUGCCCUGUCCACGGAGGCACCUUUGUCUGAGCUGGAGAAAGCCAAUAACCUCCGUAACUCAUCCAGCACCUGGAAAGCCAGCACUUACUUCAGCCCUUCUCAGGACCCCCAGCCAUCAGGAGUGCCUGCCACCGAGCUGGGGAACAAAGACCAAGCUGUCUGGAUUCUCCCUUCUAACCACACCGUGGAGCACUGUGAGGAGGAAGCCAAGAGGCCUCCAUCAACAUCUCUCCCAGAAACCAUUCUGCCCCAGGACAGUGGGCUGGCCUAUUACGUAGAUCUUCAUGGACAUGCCUCCAAGCGUGGCUGCUUCAUGUACGGCAACAGUUUCAAUGAUGAAAAUGAUCAGGUAGAAAACAUGCUGUUCCCUAAACUCAUCUCCUUGAACUCGCCUCACUUUGACUUCACGGGCUGUAACUUCUCGGAGAAGAACAUGUACGCCAAAGACAAACGGGAUGGGCAGUCGAAAGAGGGCAGCGGGCGAGUGGCCAUCUACAAAGCCUUGGGUAUCAUCCAUAGGUAGGCAGACCUCUGCUUCAGAGCUGUGCUGUGCUCCUCCCACUUACUUAACCUUUGUGCUAGCUGAUUUGAUCCAUCUUGGAAGGAGAGAGUCUUGCUGGAUGCAGGAUGCUAAGGAAAGUUUAAAUCACUUCUGUGGUGGUAGGUAUGUCCUGCUUUGGCUGUCCAGUGUGGUUGAAACUUGCCCAUGGUCUGCACAGGCCAAGAAAAGUAUUAUAAGCUCGGUGUAAUGCAAACAGAAGCAAAGACCCAGCCUUGCAUGGCAUUGCCACACUCCUGACCUAUAGGCUGUGUCCUGUUUCACAACUUGUCUCCUUUUUCUCUUGUACCUUCUGUUCUCUUAUAUCCCUCCAGGGGCUGUUCUGCCUUUUUGUCCUAGCAUUUGUGGAGUUGCUUGUUCACUGCUUUCCAGAAUGAAUUCUCCUCUUUCCCAGAUGUAUACAUUUGCACUGAGCUGUGAUUAAAGCUUAUUUAGUUGUAAUGGGCCCAGCUUCCCCAGUGGCCCAGAUGUCACAUGGUAAGAUUGCUGUGGUAUGUAAAGAUGAGGAUAUUCUUUUGAUUUGUAGCAGCCAGAUGCUUUUCAGCAAUGAAAAUCUUGGUCUGUUUUGGUCUGUUCCAGUUGCUGGGAACAUACAAAUGCCUGUACCAACCAGACCAACAUCCCUUCUUACUCUGUUCUGUCCCCAGCAGUGGCUAGUAGCAGAUGCCAAGGGAAGUGUGUAAGAGGGCAAGUGUAUAAUAACUUCUUUAGUAGAUCUCCCAUUCCCUAGGAAAUUGUGGAAAUGUGCAUAUUGCACUGAGCCUCAUACCAGCCCUGGACUCCCACUAGAACCCCCCGGCAUCAUUUUUCCUGUGAAUAGCUGGUUUCUGAGAGUGUGUUUUCCCUGUUGGUUUAAGCUGAUGUAGGACCAGACUGCCAUCUGAAAGGGUGAUCCUGUCUUUCUUUCCUCCCUUCUCCUCAGCUGUUGCUGAGGUUUCUGCUGCUUCUCUGCUUCAGAUCUAGCAAUCGUGUGGUCACUGGGUGACCCAGGUGAGCAUGUUGAUCCAGCUAAAACUAACCUACAAUAACAAAUACACUAGUUUUUCAGGACUGCCUUGUUGCAGCUUGCUCUGCAGCCAUUUAAUUGCUGUAGGUGACGGGGAACAGCCCGUGAUUAAUCAAAUGGCUCACUCCUGAAACAUGGCGUGCCAUCUGCUGGUGUCAGGAGUGCUGGCUUUCGGUGGGAGUGCUAUGCAGAACUGUGUGGACAUAUAAAAGGGGUGGGGAGAGAGAGGUUUGUUUGGUUUUUUUUACUGGAUUAACAAGCUAAAUUGUCUCUAUGCGGUCAAAUACGAAAGUGUAGGUAGAGAUUUCCCCUCUUGGCAGCUGCAAUCCGCUUGAUUAGCCAAGCCAUCUCUUCUGGUCACAGCUUAGAUCACGUGCUUUGCCAGUAUCGGUUACAUAUAUGCAUUCAUUUGUACAUACUCAUAAGACAUUUAUUUCCUAAGAAAAUUGUCUGACAAAACCUCUUUGCCUUAGAACCAUGCUUGCCAUUGUUUGCAGCUUCCUGCUGGAGAGAGAAGGUUUUGUUAUGGAGGAAUGCGAGGAACAGGCACAGCAUGCCAUGUUGUUGGAGACAGUGAAACAAAGCGUGGAAGCCUUUGUGGUAGGCCAUAGUACAAGACAAAGUGGCACUCUAACUGCUGUGCUACUAGCAGCCUGGCAAGAAUAUUUAUUCCAGUAGAUACAAUUACUUGGACAUGUAUUGACUUCUCUCCUUCUUGUGAAGCUGGUUACUGCAUCUGUGAAACACAGUCUGUUCCACGCUGACCAUUAUUUUCUUUAUUUCAUUGCCUGUUCUUGUUCCCGCCUCAUCACAAUUUCUAAUUAAAAAAAGGAAAGUGAAGUUGGAAGAGGUAAUUUAUAACUGCCUGCUAAAGCAAGUGACAGAUCAGUCCACUGAUGAGUACUAGUAAUUAGAUGCACUAGUCAGCACAUCUGCCAACUAAAGAAGUGAACUGUACAGCUGCUGUUAAAUCCUGCUUAGUUACAGCAACUUCCAUCUGUUAGUAAGAUACUUGAACGCAAGAAUGGGAAGGAACACAAGUUCUUCACUUAAAAUGACCCAUUCAUCAAUGUCUUUCCUGUAUGGGAGGGGAGGUGGGGGCGUCCCUAAACUGGACACAGUACUUUAGACAUGGUCUUAACAAGUGCAAAGUAAAGGGAGAUCACCAGUUCCCUCUAUCUCCUGGCUGUGGUCCCGUUUGUGCAGCCCGGGAUGCUGGUGGCCAGGGCCCACUGCUGGCGCACGUUGAGCUUGUGUCUACUGAGAUGCCCAGGCCCCUUCCAGCAGCGCUGCUCCCCAGCCCCUAUCGCUGCCGGGGUUCGUCCUUCCCAGGACAGGGCUUUGCGUUUGUCCUGGUGAGGUUCCUGCUGGCCCCUUCCUCCAGCCUAUCGGGGUCGGUGGGACAGCAGUCCUGCCCUCAAGCCAAUGGACUGAUCUGUGUUGUGUUCCCCCACCCCACCCCUAAUUU